AUUGCCAAAUAAUAAUGAAUCAUUUCAUAAAUAAUGGGUUUAGAAGCUUAUCAGGGCAGGCGGGCCACUGCUGGGGUUUUAUCUCUCUCGGCCACAUUGCAGUAGUGUUCCGCUCUCCAUACUAAAUAGGAAACUGGACGUGAUGUGGAAUUAGAGCCUACCCAGCUGAAGCCACCCAACACUUACUACAAAUAUAGCCGCGAUGCGUAGGCCACAAAAUGGCUCCACUCACUUUUCCCAAUGAAAAGCAAAUGGAUUUAGCAGUUUUAUCCCGAUGCGGGUGUCCUUCCUCUCUGUAAAGUCGUAAGUACCUUGAGGUGGGAGGAGUAAAUUCAGCCUGACACUGAGAGCGCUUUUGUUGAAACAGGAGAGACUUGCGGUGUCCCUACUUAAAUAUGACACAUGACGAUGGACAGGCCGCCCGCCCCGCCGCCCCCCAGUGACCCCCGCGAUGCCCGCCCCGCCCGGCGGCACGACUCGGAAGCGGAGAGCACGAGCGAGCCCGAGAGCAGCCGCGGGGGCAUGGAGGCGCCGGCCGACCCCCAGCUGCUGCUCAACGGGGCGGCCAAGGAGGCGGGCCGGCCCUCCCCCGGGCCCCCCGCCGCCCCUGUGCCCGUCAUCGAGCUGGUGCGCCGGGGGGGCUCCCUGGACAUAAAAAGCCGUGAGGCGGCGGGGGAGGCGAUGCAGAGAGCGCCGGGAGCCGAGCCGUGCCGCGCCGCCGAGGCCGCCUGCGAGGCCCGCAUGGUGCAGCUGAGCCCCCCCGCGCUCCCGCUGCAGCCCCCCGGCAGGGCCAUGCUCUACAACCUGGGCCAGCCGCUGGCCGCCAUCAACAGCGGGUUUUUCGGCGAACCGGACUCCUUCUCCAUGUACGGCAGCAACCGGGUGAAGCGGAGACCGUCUCCAUACGAGAUGGAGAUCACCGACGGUCCCCACACCAAGGUGGUCCGUCGCAUUUUCACCAACAGCCGGGAGAGGUGGAGGCAGCAGAACGUCAACGGGGCCUUCGCAGAGCUGCGCAAGCUCAUCCCCACCCACCCGCCCGACAAGAAGCUCAGCAAGAACGAGAUCCUGCGCCUGGCCAUGAAAUACAUCAACUUCCUGGCCAAGCUGCUCAACGACCAGGAGGAGGAGGGAAACCAAAGGGGCAAAGCCAACAAAGACUCGGGGAUAGUCCAGGAAGACCUGCUGCAGGACAUGUUGUCCCCCAACUCGAGCUGUGGCAGCUCUCUGGACGGGGCGGCCAGCCCGGACAGCUUCACGGAGGAGCAGGAGCUGGAGGCCAAGCACGCGCGGGGCCUGCACCACGCCAUGCUGCCCGUGGAGGGCACGGCCCAGCGGUGAGGGCACGGCCCGGCGCUGAGGGCACGGCCCGGCGCUGAGGGCACGGCCCAGCGCUCAGGGCACGGCCCAGCCAUGAGGGCCAGGCCCAGCGCUGAGGGCACGGCCCAGCGGUGAGGGCACGGCCCGGCGCUGAGGGCACGGCCCAGCGCUCAGGGCACGGCCCAGCGCUGAGGGCCAGG